UGGUCAGAGCGACGAAUUAAACUUAACAAAUCUGACAAACGGCAAAUUUCCAUCUUCCACAACGACGGCGGAUGAGGUUUAAUGGCGACUAGAUCGCCUUAUAAAAGGCAAACGAAGCGAUCCAUGAUUCAGUCACUUCCUGCUUCUUCUUCUCGCCGAUUCAUUUCCCGGAAGAGGAUCGCGAUGAUGAUGAUUCCUCUUGCUUUCUUCUCCGGUGUCCUUUUCCUAUUCUUUAUGCCAUUCAACAGCUGGGGUCAACAACCAUCUGGUUCGUUGGAUCUCUCCCAUAGGAUUCAUGAAAUUGAAGUAGUUGCUGAGUUUCCUCACGAUCCUGACGCGUUUACUCAGGGUCUUCUUUAUUCGGGAAACGAUACACUGUUCGAAUCCACUGGUCUGUACGGGAAGUCGUCAGUGAGGAAAGUGUCUCUACGAACAGGAAAGGUUGAAGUUCUUGAAAAAAUGAAGGAUUCAUACUUUGGAGAGGGUUUAACACUCCUUGGUGAAAGUCUCUUUCAAGUCGCUUGGUUGACCCACACGGGUUUCACAUACGACCUUCACAACUUAAGAAAAGUAAAACCUUUUAUACAUCAUAUGAAAGAUGGAUGGGGACUGGCUACCGAUGGAGAAGUGUUGUUUGGAAGUGAUGGCACUUCUACACUAUACCGGAUGGACCCUCAAACUAUGAAAGUUACUGAUAAGCAUACGGUCAAAUUUAAUGGCCGUGAGGUACGUUACCUUAAUGAACUGGAGUACAUAAACAAUGAAGUUUGGGCAAACGUGUGGCAGUCUGAUUGUAUUGCUAGAAUAUCACCCAAGGACGGAUCCUUACUUGGAUGGAUACUGCUUCCAAAAUUAAGACAAGGAUUGCUGAGAUCUGGACAUGGGGGUAUUGAUGUCUUGAAUGGCAUAGCAUGGGACAGCGACAAGCAACGCCUCUUUGUAACGGGGAAACUGUGGCCAAAGCUGUACCAAAUCAAGCUAAAACCAGCAUCAGCAAAGAGCGGGACAAAUAUCGAGCGCCAAUGCGUUGUAUGAAAAGAUUAAACAUGGGAUAACUUAGAAUGUAUACUGUUGUAGCGAAAGGUUAAAAGGCUAAAUGGACCAUGUAUUCAUAACAUUAGCAUUUAGCAGAAGAGUGUAACUUAAGGUCUAUGACCCCAAGUUGCAAAUGUCGAGAUUUGUAUCCUUCUGUAUUACAUUUUGGGGUCCCAAAAAAA